GCGGGCACGAGCCAAUGGAGCCUUCGGCUCCAGCUCAAAGCUUUUGGCCACAACCGCUUCCUUUCACACCCAGGAGGAAUGUUUCGGCUGUACGUGGUGGAAACAGGAGGCUUUGCCGGCGAUGGAUGCCCAUGGGCUGGAAUUGGACAAGGACAACUCCCGGUCCCGAACAUGGGCAUUCCUUGCAAUGCGUGUUCGUGGGGAGAACUUGGACAAGGACAGCCCAUGGGCAUUCAUUCCUGGCAUGGGUUUGGACAAGGCUGGCAUGGUGCGUGGCCACAAGGAUCGCACGCGCCGCACGCGGUGCAAGCAGACACGAGCUUCGAGUGGGAGAUGGAAGGCCUGCGAUGGCAGGGAGAGGCCUUGCGGCUCCUCGAGGAAGAGCUGCUGCCGAGCUUGGCUCAGAAGGAGCUGCGCGCGGCAGCGAGGGACCUGCUGGUGGUGAGCUUGUGGGCGAACAGGCCCUCGCCGGUGGAAAGAUCCCUGGGCUCCAAGACGAAGAACGCGCUGCUGGGAUUGCGCGGAGACGGCGAGCAGAGGAGUCAGCUGAUGGGAGCCAUGGCCAAGGCUCUAGCUCGGCUCUUCAACGAGAAGGUCUGGGACAUUCAGGUGCCGGCAAAGUCGUCGAGCACCUUGAAGUGCUAUGAGGAGGCCAUGGAGGCGUCAUUUGGAUGUUUCGUGCGCGCGGCGGAGCAACAGAUGGAAAACCGAAUGAGGCCGACGCAACUCAUCGGAAGGAUCGCCACCUUGCUCUCCCUGAGCGGAGAGGGUGAUGUGGAGCUUCUUCAGCGACUGCAGAAGUACAUCGGAGUUGACACAGCGAGCAUCUUGGUGCCGCACCUGCGGGCAUCAGCCCAGGCGAAUCUGACACGACUCUGGCGGUGUUUGGAGGCCUACUGGCGGAAGCCAAAGACAAACGCUGCCAAGCGCCGGCUGCCAAAAGCGAAGGAGCAGGGGCAAGCUGCUCGUGAAUCGGUGAAGAACACCUUCAUCCACUACGGGGAAAACCUCCAGGCGAGGUUCCAAUCUAUGAGGAGGUGCCGCUCGCUGUCCUUCCUGGAAACGGAUUCGGAGUCCAGCGAGGAGGUACCUGAAGAAGUGGAUUCCGACCAACAGGUCUCGGAGCCGAGGAGCAAGGCUCCUGGGCCAUCGGCGACAGCUCGAUCAAAAUCUAUUAAUGAGCAGAACUCUGAGCAGAAACUCUGA